CGGCGGGCGGGGGAGGCUGUGCAUUGGUGCGGAAUCUCUCGCCUCGUGCAGCGGGUUGCAAUGACUCUCUUUAUUUUAGUUGUAACAGUUGGAGGAUAAUGCGCAGGAGGACGCUGCCUGGGGAUUCUCCGUGCGUGGAAAUGCGCCCCCGAGAGGACUAAGCCGCCGCCGCCGGACCCCGGCCCGCGCCCCCAUCCCUCCCUCCCUCCCUCCCCGCGCCCCCGCGGCGCCCACCUCCACCCUGCACCCCUUCUUCCCGCCCUGCACCAUGAACACCAACGUCUGCGUGGAGCCGGGGCCGGGCCCCGAGGCGCCGGGGCUGCCCAAGGAGAGCCACCUGCCCGAGGGCGCGCUCGGCAGCUUGGUGGAUUACAACUCGGAGAUGGAGCGCUACCGCUCGUUCGCCUCCUCCUUCUACAAGAGCGGCGGCGGCGCCUUCCCGCAGGCGGCCAAGAUCGCGCGCAUCACCACGCCGAUCUUCCCGGGCAGCGCCGCUGCCGCCGCCGCCGCGCGCAUCGGGAUGACCAGCGCGCACCCCCGCGGCGACCCCCAGCGGCUGGCCAAGGCGGCGCCGCCCGAGCCCGCGCUGCAGAUGGCCAACUCGAACUUCCUGUCGCCGCUGGCGCCUGAGCACUGCCGGCCGCUGGCGGGUGAGUGCAUGAACAAGCUCAAGUGUGGCGCGGCCGAGGCAGAGCUCAUGAACCUGCCCGAGCGCGUGGGCACCUUCUCCGCCAUCCCCGCGCUCGGCGGGCUGUCGCUGCCGCCCGGCGUCAUCGUGAUGACCGCGCUGCACUCGCCGGCCGCCGCCUCGGCCGCCGUGUCGGACAGCGCCUUCCAGAUCGCCAACCUGGCGGACUGCCCUCAGAGCCACCCAGCGUCAUCGCCCGCGUCCUCGGGCGGCGCGGGCGGCGCCAACCCCGCCAAGAAGAAGCGGAAGCGCUGCGGGGUGUGCGUGCCCUGCAAGCGCCUCAUCAACUGCGGCGUGUGCAGCAGCUGCAGGAACCGCAAAACGGGACACCAGAUCUGCAAGUUCAGGAAGUGCGAGGAGCUCAAGAAGAAGCCCGGCGCGGCGCUGGAGAGAACACCUGUUCCCAGCGCUGAAGCAUUCCGAUGGUUCUUUUAAAGCAGUAGUAGAUCUUAUUUUCAAGGCAUUUGGAAAUGAAGGGCAAACUCAUGUCUUGUUUUAAGAAACUGCUUAGUCCACCAUUGAAGAAAAUAUCCAGAAAUUAUUUUCAUUUUAUGUAUAGGGGUUUCUUCAAAAAAAUGGAAAAGAAAAGAAAAAAGACAAAAAUAAUGUGGGAUCUUGGGGAAUCGGCCAGUCUAUUUGCUUUCAGUACAUGGAUUCUUUGAUGUAAUUUAGCUAUUCUAGUGAAGUUGUUGUCUAUUUUGAAAGUGGCUGUAAAAAAAUAAGUUUGGGUAAACCCCUGCUGUAAAAUCAUGUAUCUUUGCAAAGUACAUAUCUAUACUUCAUUUUCAAAUAUAUGUGUUUCAGUACUGUAAACUGUACAGAUAGCAGCUUGUAUUUUGUGUGUUUAGGCACAAGGAGACAAUCACGUCUGAGCAUCUAUGGAGAUUAACAGUUUAUACACAACAGUAUGGUUCUGCGAGUCAAAUCUGGAGCAAUAAAUUUUAGCUUUAAAUAUUUUUUGCCAGUUGUAUCUAGAAGCAGCAGCAACUAUGCUGGUGCUGUUUGGCCAUGCAUCUUUCCCUGGAGACUUGAUGUUAAAUUUUACAAGACAAAAAGAUAACCAUGCAUCCAGCAAUUACCUCCAGUUGUGUGGUUCUAAGAGGGGAAGAUGUUAUGAAAGUUUCACUUAAUCCUUUGAGCACUAUAUUAGAGUAGAAGUUAUGCACUUGCAUUGCUUACAAACGAGCUGUACAGAAGGGUGUACCUCCCAGAUUCUUAGUGUAGUUGACUUGACUUGGGUCCCAUUGUAAGGCGGAGUACUCAGAGUAGUUGGAAAAUGCAGAAUCAGUUGUAUAAUUUCUUUAAUCAAACAAAAUGAUGUUUCUAGGCUAAAAAAAAAAUUAGUUAUCAGAUUUUAGGGGAAGAAAUCCAUUACUGAUUUUUUUUCCCAGCCGAACAUGGGCUGUGUAAAUUUUUUAUUUCUUUGUUGUUGAUUUUUCUUUUGGUAGGAAAAAUUAAAAAAAAAAAAAGUAUCCAAAUGUUUUAAUUCUAUGUAUGAUGUUAACUGGGUAGUUUUAAUACUUGAAUACAUUGAGGCCUGUCUUUAGGCGGGGCUGGGUAUAUUUUUAAGUUAAAAAAUUAAACAUGUUCAUCAAAAUGAGGCAUUUUGUCUCUGUACCUUCCUUCCUUGUAGCCUCCCAGUUGGAUACCUGGUCUUCCCCUAGAAUGUCCCAUGGCUCCCAGUCCUGCUCUUCCCACUCAGUGCUUUUGUUUUGGGGAAGGCAGGGCCCCAACCUGCAAUUUCAUAAGUGCACCAUAGCUCCUUUCCUGUCCAUAAUCAAAGGGAAUAAUUUUUCAUAGAACCUGGGCCACCUUUUAUAGUAGGCUUUGGUUUUCUUAUGACAGGAUUCUUAGGGCUGUUCCAUUAGGACACAUGCUAUGUUAAUUUAAUGUUAUUUUAUAUUUUGGCUAGGCUAAAAAUAUACUUUUCAGUUUCUGGAAUAAAACAUAUUUGAGUGAAAACACAUGGACCAUCAGAGUUGCCAUGUUACUACAACUCCCGAGUUCUUUACCACCAGCCAGUUAUUGGAGCCCACUGUACCCAGGAACCUGUCAAAAUUGAUUAGCACAAUAGAUCUGGAGAAGAAUUGUAACCUGUGACAGAGUGGGAGCACAGUGAAAUGCUACAAGUGUAAAAUUUUGAAGAACCUAGCAAGCGAAUAUUUUUAAAACUAUGGCUGUAGUUUUGAAUGGGAAAUGAUAUGGUGGAAAAGAAUUUUAAAAGGCAGAAGGAGCACUUCCUCAUUAGAGUCCUUGGGGGAAGGAGGACAAGGUGUAUACAAAUGCCAUUACACCAGACAAGUGUGACUUGCCUGGCCUUGUGCACCAGGCUGCAGUCUGCUGUGAUGGUCCCACACCUGUCUAUGCUCAGAGAAGGAAAUUAAAUCACCAUAAGCUCAAAUGUACUGUAUGUUAAUUUUGAAGUUGCUUUCUACUUGAUGUUUAUGUACUUGAGCAUUUCUAGUUAAAAUUUCUCUUUCUGCUGUAGGACCAAUGACAGCCACUUGUGUUCUUUCUUGCUCCAUUUUUAUUUUAUAUUACACUAUUUUUGUUUACCAUUUAGCCACCUAAUUACAAAUGAAAACUUACUUUCACACUUGAAUGGGAAGGUUGACUUGCUUUCUGUAAAAUGAUGAUUAUUAUAGAAACAAAAUACACUUCUAUUCCGGUACGGGAGACCUACAGUAUCAUAAAGAUCACAUAGCCAUGGACUGACUGUCUGAAAUACAUUCUGGGAUUGCAUGUGUUGAUGUGUUUCUGUUUGUUUGCUUUUUAAAGGAACUAAUGAACCUGUAUAUUGUAAAAUGUGGGGCUUUUCAUGUCAACUCAAUUUUUAAAUGAAAGAACACCUGUUGAUUACUGAAAUGGAAUGGCGUAGCUUUUUAAAAAUUCCCUGAUGUUUUUAUUCUUGAUAUUGUUCUUUUAUACCACCCACUUUUUAUGUUUUUGUUUAAACUCUAUAGAAUGUAGAGCACACACAUAAAGUUCUCACUGGCAGUGUUUAAAAAGGAUAUUACUCUUCUGGACUCUCUGGUUUUCUUCUCCAUGUGCCCACUCAUUCAGAACUUGUAAGACAGAUCAGUAUAACUUCAGGGUAAUGGUUUGAAAGGUGACAUUUUUCAGUAUUCUAAAACACCAAUAGAAUGUAACUUUUAAUAAUUCCUCUCUAUGUUGGAUAUUCAGUAUCAAGAAAAGUCUGAAUAUAGUGAUCAGAAUAUAGAUUGUGUGGGCCAUCUGCACACCUUAACCAUCCCAUAGUAGGUUCACUGAAAAACUUGGCAAGAGUGGUCCAUACUCCCAGGGUCUGGUCUUCUUGAGGAGAAGCACCAUGUGGGAAAACCAUGGAGAAUCCCUGGGGUGUUGAUGUAGAGUGUGAUGGGAACUUGUCUUUUGCAGCUGCCACCAAGUACACUACAUCAAAGAAUAUCAUAAAUAAAUCGACCUCUUUCCAAGGUUUCAGGCCAGAGUGGUUUUCUCAUGGAUCCUCCCAGUCUGUGUAGAAACAGAGGCACAUCCACAAAGCACUAAGGUAUCCAUCCUUGGGUGAGAACAUAGGAACGGUCUUCCUCUAGUAUAAGCAAAAUAAUAAUGUCUCCUCUUGCUUAAUUUCCAACAACUUCUUUCCUCUAAACGCAUUUACAGAGAGCAAGAGAUGACAGGCUUUUUGUGAAUUAAUAUGAAGUAAUCACUGAAAGAAAGAAAUAUUUCUUUCCUUCCAUUCAGAACCCCUGGCAUGUAAGAUACGCAAUUAAUGCUAAAGCAUAUAAAGUCUUUAAACUGUUAGUGUCUGUAAUCAAAUAAUGAAGAAAGGAAAGCAGUUAAAUGAACACACUAUUCAGGGUCAAAUAUGUUCAGCAGAAAGCUGUAGUGGGUCUUUGAUCAUGGUUAAAUUCACAGUGAUAUCAAACAGUUGGUUUCCAUGUAACAGCUAAAUGUUUUGGAUUUUGUUUUUAUUAAAUUUGGCAUUUCACACUGAGAUCUGUAUUCCUAGUGAAUAAAAGGCAACUACUGUAUUGAGAGAGAUUCCAUUUUCACAAUCACAAAAUAGAGAUAUAUCAGGAACAUGGGCCACAAAAUGUACUCCUUUCACAAUGUUUCCUAUUCUGAACUGUGCAGUUAUCUAUUAAAUUUUUUUAAUAGAAAUUUGUGUACGAUGUAUGUAUGCUUGUGCAAUUAUUUAAAAAGCCGUUUGGAAAACAGUGUAUUUAUUGAAGAAAAUCACUUAUGGGGCAUGUACAAAACUGUAAAAAAAAAAAAAAAAAAAAAACUUUAAAAAUCACUUCAAUUUGCCCAGUAAAGUUGUUUUUGUGAAAUUUCUGUGUUGUUGAAUAAAGAUUUUUAGUAUUCAAAGUAUCUCUA